GUAUAUAAACGAGGUGACAGCUGUGCAGUAGACAUCAGUCAGCACAUCUCGUCAAUCGUAUCGAUUCCAUCGAAGCCCAAACCAACCAUCAACAUGUUCUCCAAAGUGAUGAUCGUCGCUCUGUUGGCCGUCGUUGCCAGUGUCAGUGCCAAGCCUGGUGCAUUCCUGCCGGGUGCUCCACUCGCCUACACCGCUGCCGCCCCGCUCGCCUACUCUGCCCCUCUGGCCGUUGCUCCAGCGGCCGUUCCAGCCGUCGCGUACACUGCGGGAUACGCCAAUGUUGGAGAUUCGGCCGUUGUCACGUCGCACAACUCGCAGGUCAUCAAUCCGGCCUAUGCCGCCUACUCGGCCGCUCCGUUGGUGUCUGCUUAUGCUGCGGCUCCCGCCCUGGCUUCCCCGUUCGCCUACAGCGCACCUCUUGCCGCUGCUGUAGAUAAGUACGUGCUGUAGAUAGGUUCCUGAUCUUUCUCUUCGCCACCGUUGAUGUGCCAGUCAAAUGAAUAAAAACUUUUGAAUUGUAAAUAGCUCAA